GUAAUGCCUACCAACUUCGCAUUCUCGAGUGUAUGCUGACCGUAGAACUCUACCGCAACCCUCUCUACGAAUCCCCUACAUCACUCCGAGCGAAAUAUAUAUAUGCUGCUCGCGCAUUUGUAUAUUUGAUUGUCGCUAUGGCUACGCCUGCUAGCUCACCAGAGAAAAGUGGUCACCGCCGCAACAGGUCGACCACUGUCUUGAAAUCGAUCAUGUCCUCUCGAUCACCUCACAAGAGAGCUCCGUCAGACGGUACUGCCCUUUUCAAAUCGGCGAAAAGCGAACAUACCCAUGGAAGCUCAACAUCACAACCAAUAUUGGCUCCUCCAUUAAACAUUCAACAAGCAGCGAGUGCCAGAGUUUUGGGCGAAAUCUCGAACCCAGCUGGCUCGCGUUCCACAAGCAAGCAACAAGCUAGGGCUAGUACGACGCAAGGGAGCCCGAGCAAAAAGGCUCAAGGUUCCAUGCGAUUACGAUCAUUUGUAAGAGAUAAAGAGCCAAAAGAUACACCUCCCCAUUUCAUCAAGGAUGUGUCCAAGCAGCCCAAGAAGACAAAGUCAUCAACAGGCAUAUCAAACAUGUUUGGAAUCGGAAAAUCCCGUGGCGACGUGCACCCGAUUCCUAUCGAACCCAAGGACAAAGAAAACACUACACCUCCAAAUUCGGCAAACGGAAUCGCUGAAACCCCAAUAUGGUCUCAAUUUCGCUCGCAGUCGUACCAGACUGCGCCCAAUGCCUCUGCCGUUGCACUCAGCGAUCGCCACGUCGCCGAGGAAGAAAUCGUCAAAUAUACGCCUACGGAUUACUCUCCAUCGAAGCAGAUAAAUUUCCAAGCCUCUGCUCGACCGACUUUACAAAGCAGAAGUACAUCUGCUCCGCGACCGAAAUCUGAGCACCUACCACAUGAUUCAUCAAUGUCUUCACUACUAGACAGCAUGCAACGCAAGAUAAGCGGCGAGAGAGAACGUAUUCCACACGCAAGGGUACCAGUCGAACGCUACAAGCAAGAGCCUAUGGGCAAGUUCUCAUCUUCUGGAUUCGUUGGACCAUCUCAGAAAAAGGGCGGUCGAGUAAAGGCUGCAGUUGCUGCAUACAACGUAAAAUCGCGAGACGUGCAAGGGGAGCCUUCUAUGGACCCUGACACCAUUGCUAUUGAGUUUGAGGCAGUUCUGGAAUCGAGGAAUGUACCAGAUGUCGUCCGCUCCAGAAUGAGAACAUUGGCCGACCGUGUAAAGAUUGACUUCAUCAUGAAGCACAAGACAGAAAGCUCAGGACCUACGCGGGCCUCACCUUCUGGAUCCGCUGAAAUGAUGGGAUCCUUGCCGAAUUGUUCAGAUGUUUCCAGCACAGGAAGAUCAACUAAUAGUCAGAAAUUAGAUGAUGAAAAACAUAGAAACGGGUCUGAUGUUUCACCCUCCAAAAAGGGGCGCCCCCGAAGCCGGACUUUCACCUUUAAUAAAGGAGACUCACCAACCAAGAAACCAAAGUCUGAAGAGACAAAUGCAACCAAGUCCGAUAAGCCACAUACAAUAGCUAAAUCGCCUUCAUCGCGGUCUUUAUCAUCCGUCACUUCAGUAAAGAGUUCAUCCUCUUCGAAAUCUACAAAAACAGCUGUCCCAGAAGAUUUCGUAAACUAUCUACGCAAGACUACAAAACCUCAAGAAGUUGAAGUCGGGAAACUGCACAAGUUACGUCUCUUACUGCGCAAUGAAACCGUUGCGUGGGUCGAUUCGUUCAUCAGCCAGGGUGGUAUGGGAGACGUGGUAGGCCUGAUCGAUCGUAUCUUGGAGCUGGAAUGGAGGGAAGAGCAUGAAGAUGCAUUGCUCCACGAGACCCUUUUGUGCUUGAAGGGACUGUGCACAACGAGUCUUGCCCUCCAUAAACUAUGUGAAUACGAGUCGAAGCUCUUUCCCACACUUCUGAAGAUGCUUUUCGACGAGGAAAGAAAGGGCCCAAGCGAGUUCACAACCCGGGAGAUUGUGAUCAGAGUGUUAUUCACUCAUUUGUGUGCUGCUCGAGGGUCGGACCUCCCAGGACGUGCACGAACCAUAUUAGGGUAUCUUCAAGAUCCUGCUCCCCCAGAAGAGGCAAAGCCUCUUGCUUUCAUCCUAGAGAUGCAUCAACCUCGCCCAUAUCGGAUCUGGUGCCGCGAGAUCGUGAACGUGACCAAGGAAGUCUUCUGGAUUUUUCUCCAUCAUCUCAACGUGAUUCCACUGCCCUCUAACGCCGCCAUGGAAGAACCUUCGAUACGUUCGGAAGGCUCCUCAUCGGCGCCAUUAUCACGUCCUUAUUCGUACCCACUUAUGACAAGUGGUCCUAAGCAAGACUAUACUAUGGUCCACUUUCCACAGCCACGGCCUCCAGUCCCGGCUGCCCCAUAUAUAGGAGGUGUUGAAUGGGAUGCCACCCAGUACCUUGCUACCCAUAUGGAUCUCUUGAACGGAAUUAUAGCUUCCAUACCGACCGUGACCGAACGAAACAAGCUCAGGGCCGAGCUGAGAGCGUCAGGGUUUGAGAAGGUUAUGGGCGGAGCGCUUCGUACUUGCAAAGAAAAGUUUUAUGGGCACAUACAUGAUGUUUUGCGGGAAUGGAUUUUGGCGGCUAUAGAUGACGGCUGGGACGCCAAAGCAGUGAGAAUGGGGGAAACUGGGCAGAUCAGCCCCACCAAAAGCGUCAAGGGAGGCAGUCCGAUGAAGAAGAAAGAGCCGCCACCCAAGAUAGAGACUUUACCACAGCUGGGCUUCGGGGUCGAUGAAGAUAGGAAGAGAAGAAGCACGAGUGUGGUCGAUGAGUGGCUGGGAGUCUGAAGAGAAAUCCCAACCACAAGAGGAGGAUCGAGAAAUGAAAUGCACACAAGCACGGCUACGAGAAUAAGAGCUGGCGCUGCGAACGGAACAUGAACGACACGAAUUUACUGCAGCAUUACUUACACCUUGUUGAACGAAAACGAAAUUGUCUUCUUUACGACUGAUGUCAUCUCAUUGGGCCGGAGUAGUCAUCCUUGUGGAGUUCACGGGGGAGUUCUAUGUAUAUGUAUAUAUAUCAUUGACAAAUGGUUGUAUAACUUAGCUAGUGAUGGCUUCUAGCAAGUUAUACUUCUGAUAUUACCU